CUCUCCCUCAACAGCGGAAGAACGAAUCGCUUUCCGGUUUAGAUUCUUCCCUUCCUCUCGCGCAUUGCGAACCUCCAAUUGCCGCUCGGAUCGCAGAAGAAAGGGCGGUACUAAACCCUAGCCCUAGGACGCAAACGAUCUCCUACCACCUGCGGAAGGUUGGGGAACUGCGUGCCCUUCCCUCUCGACCGAAUUUUCGUCAGCGACAGCCAUGCUUGCAGCUGCCCUUUUGUUGUCUGCACCGAGCGAUGCCACUUCUAUGGAACCAAAUUUUGAGAUUCACUAUGAAGAGUUGAAACCCUUAACCAUAUCAGGGGUUUGAUUUUGAGAAAAAUAGAUCGAAGUGCGACCAAGUCGCAAUGAGCCGCCCUUCGAUGACACCGCAAAAGAGGGCACAACCUGACUCACAAAGUCAACCUCCUGCUCUACCUGAAAAUGAGCGGAUUCUCUAUGAAUUGAUCAAAAGCAGAAAGAACAUGGGGAUUUGGACAGCUGACAUGAAAAAAGAAACAGGUCUUCAGAAUAUUGUUGUUACUAAGGCUCUCAAAUCACUCCAGAACAAGAACCUCAUAAAAGAUGUUGUUAAUGUUCACAAUAAGGCAAGAAAAAUUUUCAUGGCUGUAGAGUUUGAACCAUCAAAGGAAGUAUCUGGUGGUUCAUGGUAUUCAGAAGGAAGCCUUGAUACGGAGUUCAUUAAUAUUUUGAGGAAGAUGUGCUUGAAGCACAUUGAAGAGCUCAAGGUUGCGACCAUCGAAGAUAUCUGGAAAUCCAUUUCAGCCUCAGGAGUACUGAAGGUGGCGUGUACCAUGCAGCAGGUGCUGGAGAUUGUGCGUGCAUUGGCUUUGGACAAGGAGAUUGAGGAAUUGAAGAGCACUGGAGUAGGUGAGUUCUCUACGGUUCAAACUGGAAAGGUGUGCUACAGGAGUUUGAGAGGUAGAGAAGCUCCCAGAGUUGGUCACUUAUCGUCGAUUCCUUGUGGAGUGUGUCCGCGGAUAAGCGAGUGCACGCCUGAUGGUGUUAUAUCACCAAAGACCUGUGUGUAUUACAACAAAUGGCUCAAACUGGAGUUCUAGAUUCAAACUGGUUGUUGAGGUUGUUGUCUACACUGUCAUCCAAAACUUUGAUAAGGUCUUUCUUUCCUCCUUUUUUCCCUUGUGUUUGCUACAGAUUCACCUUUUUAGCCUAUGUUUACAUAACCUCAGUUUCAUUUUUCUGCCA